AUGUUCUGGGCACGGAAUAGCUCGGGAACAACAGCGAAGCUUGAGCUUGUAGGAUUCAUUUGUGCUCAAUUGGGAGCGGUGGUGCAGAUAUUGGCGAUCAUCGUAACGGGUUCUCUUGCCAGUGAAGGCAAACAAGUACUCGUCAGUCAGAAAGCUGUUACUGGCAAGCACAGACGUCUUCUUAUAAUUCAUUGCUCAGGAAGCCCUGAUGGAUUGGAUCUAGAAGAUCUGAAUCCAUGCUUAACCCCUUAUGCCAAGACAAAACCAAAGGAGUUUGAGAGGGUUGAUUCAGCGGAAGAGAGCUUAUCAGGGAGAAGCACUGUUACAACAACAACAGGAGGUAAAGUAAAAUCGACUUCAGGAUGUGUAAAGCUGUCAAGGAGCUCAUAG